CACCUAUCUUAAAGUUGCCAAGGCUGAGAAAUAUUGGUCUAGCUGAACUGGAGAAGUGCUAGAUGAUUGCAGGACAAACAUUGCCCCUAACUUCAAAAAAAGAGACAAAGGAAGACAUUGUUGUCUGUCAGGAGGGGCAAAGAACAUCACAUGUAAUGUUACGUUACCACGCAAAGGACACAAAGUAUGCUUACUGGACCUUCAGGAUACGUAACAGACGGGCCAGGAAAUUACAAAUACAAAACGAAAUGCACGUGGCUCAUAGAAGGAAAGCCUAACACAGUCUUGAGGCUCCGUUUUAAUCAUUUUGCAACAGAAUGCAGCUGGGAUCAUCUGUACGUCUACGAUGGGGAUUCAAUCUAUGCUCCGUUACUGGCUGCUUUUAGCGGCUUGAUUGUCCCUGAGCGGGAGAGCAACGAGUCCGUCCCUGAAGUUGCAGCCACCUCUGGCUACGCUCUUCUGCACUUCUUCAGUGACGCAGCUUACAACCUGACGGGGUUCAACAUCACCUACAACUUUAACGUGUGCCCCCAUAACUGCUCCGGCAGAGGGGAAUGCCGGCCUGUGAACGGCAGCCAAGCGGUUGAAUGUGAAUGUUUGGAGCAUUGGAAAGGAGAGGCCUGCGAUAUUCCCAACUGCCCAGAAGACUGUGGCUUCCCUGAAAGGGGGCAGUGCAGUGAGAAUGGAACUCAGGGCUGUAUAUGUUAUUCUGGUUGGCAAGGUGUAGACUGCUCAGUUCCUGUUCCAGCAAAUCACUCCUUUUGGACUCGGGAGGAAUUCUAUAUCCCCAAACUUCCAAGAGCAUCUCACAAAGCCGUGGUCCAAGAUGAUGUCAUGUGGGUGGUUGGUGGCUACAUGUUCAAUCAUACGGACUCUCAAAUGGUUUUGGCGUAUAAUCUUGAGUCCAGAGAAUGGAUGACCCUGAAUAGUAUUGUGAACACCGUUGGGAUCAGAUAUGGGCAUUCAAUAGCCUUACAUGAAAACAAAAUCUACAUGUAUGGAGGCAAGGUAGAUGAAUCUGGUAAUGUAACUAGUGAGCUCUGGGUGUUCCACAUCGCAAACCAGUCCUGGGUUCCUGUGAUCCCAAAGGCCAAGGAGCAAUAUGCUGUGGUUGGCCACUCAGCCCACAUUGUCACCCUGGAGGAUGGUGCGGUGGUGAUGCUCGUCCUCUUUGGUCAUUGCCCUCUUUAUGGAUACAUCAGCAAUGUGCAAGAAUACAAUCUAGCAACAAACACAUGGAGCAUUUUACAAACAAAAGGAGCCCUGGUCCAAGGAGGGUAUGGCCACAGCAGCGUGUAUGACCCAAACUCCAAGUCCAUCUAUACACAUGGAGGUUACAAGGCAUUUAGUGCUAACAAAUACAGGCUAACAGAUGAUCUGUACAAAUAUGAAGUUCACAAGUACAAGUGGACAAUUCUGAAAGAGAGCAGGUUUUCCCGGUAUUUGCAUUCGGCUGUGAUUAUCAGUGGGACCAUGCUGGUUUUUGGAGGAAACACCCAUAAUGAUACCUCAAUGAGUCAGGGGGCAAAAUGCUUCUCUUCAGACUUCAUGGCGUACGAUCUAGCGUGUGAUCGUUGGUCCGUGCUUCCUCCACCUGACCUCCCCCACGACGUCAACCGGUUUGGACACUCGGCUGUGCUGAGCAACAACACCAUGUAUAUCUUUGGUGGCUUCAAUAGCCUGCUCUUGAGUGACAUCGUAAAAUACACCCCAGAAAGCUGUGAAGCAUACAGCAGUAAGGUCUCUUGCUUAAAGGCGGGUCCUGGACUCCGAUGUGUGUGGAAUAGCUCCAUUUCCCAGUGUCUCCCUUGGGAAAUGGCCACAACGCAGCAAGAACAUAAAAUUACCGAAGAAUGUCCUUCCUGGCUUGCCGUGGACCAUGAAAAAUGUGAUCAGAUCACAGACUGCUACAGCUGUACAGCCAACACAAACUGGUGUCAUUGGUGCACUGACCAGUGUAUGUCAAAGAACAGCAAUUGCUCAGAAGACCAGACCCCCAUUACUUCCUUUGAAAGCUGCCCCAAGGACAACCCUGCCUUUUACUGUAACAAAAAGACAAGCUGUAAGAGCUGCAGCCUGGACCAGAAUUGUCAGUGGGAAGGCCGGAAUCAAGAAUGCAUUGCUUUGCCUGAAAACAUCUGUGGGGCAACAUGGCACUUGGUUGGCAAUUCUUGCCUGAGAAUCACCAACACUAAAGAUAGCUAUGACAACGCGAAGUUGGCCUGCAGAAGCCAUAACGCUGCUCUGGCCUCACUCACUACUCAGAAGAAGGUGGAAUUCCUUCUCAAGGAACUCCAAAAGACCCAGUCCUCGCCCAAAGCUUUGACACCCUGGGUUGGAUUGCGGAAGAUCAAUGUAUCGUACUGGUGCUGGGAAGACAUGUCCCCCUUUACAAACACCCUGCUCCGGUGGCUUCCAGGGGAACCCAGUGAUAUUGGCUUCUGUAGCUAUUUAGCAGAGCCAAGCAGCAGAGGGUUGAAGGCAGCUACCUGCAUCAACCUUGUCAAUGGCAGCGUCUGUGAAAGGCCAGCCAACCACAGCGCCAAGCAGUGCCGCACCCCCUGUGGCUUGAGGACGGCGUGCAGCGAAUGCACCAGCAGCAACUCCGAAUGCAUGUGGUGCAGCAACAAGAAGCAGUGUGUGGACUCAAACGCAUACGUGGCCUCCUUCCCUUACGGCCAGUGCAUGGAAUGGCAUACCGUGAGCAGCUGUCCACCUGAAAACUGUUCCGGCUACUUCACUUGCAGCCACUGCUUGGAGCAACCAGGCUGUGGCUGGUGCACGGAUCCCAGUAACACCGGGAAGGGGCGAUGCAUGGAAGGCUCUUCGAGAGCGCCAAUGAAGGUGCCAGCAGCCCCUCUGCCCUCAUCAGGAAAGCCCUACCCAGACCCUGUCCUGGAUGCCAGCCUGUGCCAGACUGAGAACAAAUAUAACUGGUCCUUUAUCCAGUGUCCAGCCUGCCAGUGUAACGGGCACAGCAAAUGUGUCAAUGAGAGCAUCUGUGAGAGAUGUGAGAACCUGACGACCGGCAAACACUGCGAGACGUGCAUCUCUGGUUACUAUGGAGACCCCACGAAUGGAGGGACCUGUCAGCCCUGCAAGUGUAAUGGCCACGCUUCCAUCUGCAAUGCAAAUACGGGGAAGUGCUUCUGCACCACAAAAGGAAUCAAAGGAGAAGAAUGCCAACUGUGCGAGGUUGAGAACCGGUACCAGGGCAACCCUCUCAAAGGAACCUGCUACUACACUCUUCUUAUUGACUAUCAGUUCACCUUCAGUCUUUCCCAAGAAGAUGAUCGCUAUUAUACAGCAAUCAAUUUUGUAGCAACGCCUGAAGAGCAAAACAGAGACCUGGACAUGUUUAUCAAUGCUUCCAAAAACUUCAACCUUAACAUCACUUGGUCGACAAGUUUUGCAGCUGGUACACAGGCUGGAGAGGAGAUUCCAGUGGUUUCAAAGAACCAGAUCAAGGAGUAUAAGGACAGCUUCUCCAAUGAGAAAUUUGAUUUCCGCAACAAUCCCAACAUCACUUUCUUUGUCUAUGUCAGCAACUUCACCUGGCCAAUAAAAAUACAGAUUGCAUUUUCACAGCACAGUAACUUUAUGGAUCUGGUGCAGUUCUUUGUCACCUUUUUCAGCUGCUUCUUGUCUUUGCUUCUCGUGGCUGCCGUGGUUUGGAAGAUCAAGCAGAGCUGCUGGGCAUCGCGGCGGAGAGAGCAAUUGCUCCGGGAGAUGCAGCAGAUGGCCAGCCGCCCCUUCGCUUCCAUCAACGUUGCCUUAGAAACGGACGAAGAGCCACCUGAUCUCAUCGGAGGGAGCAUUAAGAUGGUGCCCAAGCCCAUUGCUCUGGAGCCCUGUUUUGGCAACAAAGCUGCUGUUCUUUCAGUAUUUGUGAGAUUGCCAAGAGGCCUAGGUGGGAUUCCGCCACCUGGGCAAUCAGGUCUUGCAGUCGCCAGCGCCUUGGUGGACAUUUCACAACAAAUGCCUAUUGCCUACAAAGACAAGUCAGGAGCGGUACGAAAUAGGAAACAGCAGCCUCCAGCUCAGCCAGGAACCUGUAUUUGAUGCAUGGACAUCAGAACUGCCUCUUUAGGGUUUUAAACACAAGGGAUUCCCUGGGAGAAGGACCUACGUUUUGCAAGGUUCAUGGUGCGAAGGAGGCCUGAAAGCGCCUGAGAACAUCCAGACCUUCCUCUUGACAUGGGCGUUGCCUCGGUUGGCUUAGUGUGGCAUCUGCUCCAUCUUGGAUCUGCCGAUCCCGUUGUGCCGAAGGGCUCCACGUUUUCGGUUGCUCCCCCCUCAUCGGUUUUAGGCCUUUUGUGGCAUGUCCAUUAGCAAACUUCUCCACCCCAAAAGUUGGCAUUAACAGGGAAGAGCCAUAUGAAGACUGGUUCACAUGGAAAGCGCUUUAUGGAAUUGCCUUUUCCUCCAGGUUGUAAAGGAAAGAAUGCAGCCGGUACUGGCAAUUCUCUGCCCUCAGCUGCUAAACUCCAAGAUUUAAGAAGAAGCUAGCUUAACCUCCCCAGGAACCCCAUGAUCCAAGCCUUCUAUUUAUUUCUCCUUCCAAGCUCUCUUCCAAGAACAUACCUUGGGUUGCGUUUAUGUGGUAGCUUUAUUUUUGUCCAAGUAAAGGUAUUAAAGUUUGGGAUGGAGCAGAGUAUGGUUGAACACUACCCAUUAUUUCACUUAAAAAUCCUUUUUCUGGAGGAUAUUUUUUCCCACGGUAGGUCUGUGUAGCAAUGGACAUCUGUACCCACAUCCUAGAGUUCUGAAUUGAUCUAGGAAGCGCGGGAAUUAGCGCAGUGAGGUUUUUACAUGGUCUGUAUUCUUCCUCCACCCUGGGCAACCCAUGUCCUUUUUAACUUAACACGAACUGGUUUCAGGGUGAGAGGACAACAGUGAUGCGCAAGGGAAGGACUGUGAUGCCAGAGCAGAGCUGUUGGCUGAUGGCCUGUGAAUGUGUCCUCUUCACAGCAGCAGAUGCAUUGACUUUUCCUCUCUCAGGAGUCCUGUAGAUGCUUCUCUUUUGUUGCUUUGCUCAAGGGAAGGGCUGGUUUUUACCUUACAGAGGGAGGAUGUUCGCUCUGAAAUGGCUCCUGUUGGUCUGAAAGCCCCUGGUGGCUCUUUCCAGCCCCCCAGCCCGCCCACCCCAAUGCAUCCAGAAUGACAUGCUUGAGAACAGUGUAGGCACUUGGUAAUGGCCCCAAGGAAGGGCUAGCAGUUGGGGUGCAGCUCAGCUUCCUGACCUGCACCUCAAGGAGUACCGACACUACUCCCCAGUCGCUAAAGGGGUCUUCAGCCCCUUUUUGAUUAUCCAAGCGUGGCUGCCCUUAGAAACUAGACCACCUCCCUUUCGCUUCCGUUCACCAGCCCUGGGACAGGGUCAUUCUUUCAUAUUGCAGGCAGAAAUCAGUCAAUAAGAGGGCAUGAUUUGCCAAGAACCAUACAAGCAAGAGACUCCGGGAGCAAGAAACAUUGGUUCUGGGCUUGCUCUGAACCCCGGUUGAGCAGCGGUUGAAGAGCCGGGUUACGUUUGAAAGGGCUGGGACUCCGUUUUCCUCGCUGUUACCCUUGCUGAAGUUCUCCUCGAAGGCCACUCGGAGGUGUGUUUGGAAGAGAGCAGUAGAGCUUCCAAAACGGGGUGGGAGAGGCUGCCCUCCGCCCCAUCACUGUGGCAUUACUUCCACUCCAGCAGCCGCUGACACUACACAAACUGAAGAGAUACUUGUGAAUCACACAGGCAGCUGUGAGCAAACAUCGGUGUCCCUCUUGCUGCAACGGCAUGCUUGUGCCAAGGUCUCUUUCUCACCAUGCAUGCAUGCAAACACGCACACCGUUAGGACCGGUUAUCUGCUCUUGUGCUUCAUUGAACUCUGCAGCAGUCAUGGUCUGCCGCAGGCUGCGUAGAAGAGCGACACAGAAUUGACCGUAUCGAGACGCGGGGGAUCGCUCAGCAGUGGCAAGUCUUGUGGGCCUCCCCUUGAGGUUAAUCCCAUCUUCCUGCCCUUCCCAAAUGCAGUAACAUAUAAUAGUUUUGUUUUGUUUAAAAUGGGCAAUUUUGGCAUGAGGAGGGGGAGACAAAAGAAUUCUUGGGCUUUCACUGGAACCAAAUCAUUUACAUCUCCUAAUGUGUGAAUGACCAAACGCUUUCUUAGUUUGGAUCAACAGGCCAGAAGUAUCGCAAUUUUUGCAUAUUGCUGAAUCUGUAUGUACUGAAUCUUGCAGAACUGGAACAAAUGUAUAAUUAAAAAAGCAUCUCUUGGUACCCCCCUCCCUUUUCUCCCCCCUAAAGCUGUGAAUGAACUGAAUUGUCCUUGGAAAGCAAAAGAGAAGUGGGGAGAGAGAAUCCAUCUGAAUGGCUGACUGGCUAAUAUGAACCAGGGUUGUCCAAUUCUGCUCAGUCUCUUAGCGUGAACCAGUUUGCUACCUCCUGGGCCACUGGUCCUUCCAGGAAUACAAAUCGAAGGUUCCUAGAAGAGCUGUCCAAAUGCCCCUUGCGCCAGCCGUAUUACUUUUAUUUGCACACUGAGGGUGGGAAAUCAUCAGAUUUCCUUUGGUCCUCUCCUUGAAUUUGGGCAGAGUGGAAAAAUCCAGCCUCAGGCAGCACUGACUUUGGACCGUCCAAAGUGGUGCAACUUCUCUUCCUUUGCUAAAAAAAAAAAAAGCGGGGGGUGGGGGGAGAGAAGACAAUAUUAAUCCAAACAGACUUGAUAUAGAGCCAGAAACAUGGAAAGUUCAACUUUCUCCUCAGUUCAGAGAACCUUGGGUGCUGCAUCUGCUCGGUCCAGAGCAGAAUUGUCUCAGUGGUUCAGAAGGAACCUGGCCUAGGUACCAUUUCAUUAGAUCGACCCCUGCCCCCAAAGCUUAGCCAGGUUAAGUUGCCAGCUUAGUUGGAAGGAAGGCAUUGGCCAAGCCAGCGAAGUUCUCCUGUUGAGUCAGCACCUCCCCUCCCCUUUCCUCUUUGGGGUUUCUGGGAGAGGUAAAACGUGACACAAAGGUGCCUUUCCUAAACUUACAAGAAUUUCUGUUGGUUUAGAAAAAAAAAAUGCAGGGAGCGUAACGCUGCAUUGGCGUUUGUAACAAAAAGCUUAGACGGCAGUGUGGAAGAUGUCAAGAGGGUUACUGUGCUCAAAAUGGAAAGAGAAUGUAAUGUACCUCUGGAUUCUCUCAUAGCUACAGAUGAGUUUUGUCGCUAGCAACUUGUGCCUAGGCUAGCAGAAAGCUGCACAGCUUUUAAGCUGUCAGCCUAUUUAAGCACCUGAUAAUCUGUGCUGUGAAAAAGAGAAGGCGUAUUCCUUUUUAACAGGGUGUCCAUCAGGAGGAGUUUUUGCCCGAUCUGUCCAUCCUGAAUUCAGCAGGAUCCACACAUCGGCAGCACCUUAAAAUGCCUCCUCUUCCUCCCCUGUGUUUGCAGCAGUAUUGGGUCAACGGAGUUGGAAAAUGCACCCAACAAGGGUUUGGGGAGCUGAAUUUCAGAGGGUUGGAACAGCUGCAUUUGCACGCCUCUGCAGGAACUCCUUGUUUAAACCUAAAAGACUGCAGGUCUGUGCACAUCUUACCUGUUUCAAUUCUCCGUUCAGUUUCUCUUAAUUGCACAUUUAAAUUUUGGGUGCCUUGCAGUCAGUUAUCAUACAAUUAUUGAUUAGUUUGGGUUAGUAGUUUGUUUGCUAGACAGAGAGCGUGCCUGGCCAUGCCGCUCGCACAUCUAGCCCAACUUCCACUGACUGGACGGUGUCUGAAAUUCCCUCUCCCCCUCCUGAAUCUUCUCCAUGAAUUAUGUGUAUCUCAGGGUGGUGAAUUGCAAAGACUCAAGGAACGACAGGCUGUGAAAAUGCCUCUUGACAGCUGCGCUCUUCCUUCCAGCUACCAUACCCGCUGCAUUUAAAAGAAACGCCACCCCCUCCCCAAGAUUGUUGGUGGGUAAGAAUAUAUUCACUUGAUUUCCAGUGUACUUUUAACAUUACUGUCGGAAAUGAGCUUUGAUGAAAUGCAUGCUUAGUAAAGGAACUCAGGUGGAAAAGAUAACUCCUUGGGCCAGGAUAGAAAAGAGAGGCAUGGCAAGGUAGGAAUGGAUUUUGGUAUCUGCCAUGAUGCCAAAGGAGUCUGCAGCAACUUGCCAGCCUCUUCUCUGAAUCCCUGCACAUUGGCAAUCUGAGAAUACUUUGGAUUUACCCUUACAAGCAUGCAAGCAGGACAGCCCAGUGUGUCCCAUAGUGGGCAAGGCCACCAAAUUCAACUCUUUUCCUGUAGGCCGAGCAUUGGGGAGUCUAAGGCAACAUGGACAGCUUAACCCUUGCAAAAGCUUAAGAUGCCCUUACAAACCUGACCUGCUUAGACUUGAUCCACUCUUGGCCCUGGCCCUGGCCCUGGCCCUGGCCCUGGCCCUGGCCCUACCCACUUUGGGGACGGAGGCCUGCAAAGCCCAGGGUGGUCCUGGGGCUGACGGCUAUUGGGCAUCCCUGUCUGAGAGGAUUGGUGGGAAGGAUUACUCAGAGAAUCCAGUCAGCUGUUCAAAUACCCCACAGCCUUCCCCACGCUGGUGUGCCCUGGACAUGUUUGGUGUCAGCUCUCAUUAUCCCCAAGCGUGAUGGGAGAGGGAGUCCCUCUGCCUUGGAGGCUGUCAAGGCUUGCUUAGAAAAAGCUAUCAUCAUCUCUCCACCCAACCUUGGUGCAGGGGCUUUGGUCGAAAAGAAACAAUGCUUGAGAGUACUUUAUAUGAACCUGUUUUCUCCACCCUGUCUUGUAAUCUUGAGUUGACUCCACUCUUCCCUUUCUUCCAGCUUUGCUAAUCUCCCAGCCACUUGGUUCAUUGGGCUUUCUAACUGGAAAUUAGAUUGGUAGCUCAAUAUCACCAUUCCAGAUACUGGAAUCACCAGAGAGGAGUCCAAUGUCCCCGUAGCAAUUGUGGCUGUGUCCACUUCACUUUCGUUUUGUAGGAAUGGCAAUGGUGGAUGCUCUGAUUAUAGGAAGACGCCUUCAUGCCCAGAUCCGCACCUUCUGGCAGUUCACUAAGGCCCUUGGAAGCGGUGAGGUUUCGCUUUGCGUUUUUAAGCCAAGUGCCCGCUUCUUCCAAGAGUAGAUGGCUGUCCUCCAGGGACACUGGAGUUUGAACACAAGAUCUGAGUUUGCAGGAGGGGGAAGCCUGGAGUGCAUCAUCUUUUCCUCUGCCAGAAGUGGCAGUGUUCAGCUGAGCAGCAGGAGCAGUCCCCAAGCCUUGCGCUCGCAGGCAUGGUGUCCAAAGACAAUUCUUGGGAAGGAGAGAAGAGCUACGGCUUUUGAUGUCGCCUCCAACGUGCUCUGUUCCAGAUGUGUUGGAACAGAAACCUCACCACCCCCAGAGAAGCACAGUCUUCAGCCCUACUAGUUUAGGGGUGAUGAAAAUUGCGUUCUGGUAGGUUGGGGAGGGUGCCAAACUGGGAAAGAUGGUGCAGUACGUGAUGGCAUCAGCUUAGUCAUAUGUCGGGACAGCUGGCAUUAAAUUCAGGAGGAAUUUGCAGCGUGCUUAACGGUGGAACUCCUGUCCCCCACAGUUUCCCUAAGCAGCUUUGUUCUUCUAGUCUGUAUCUUCCGGAUUGCAGAACGUUUGUGCCUGAUCAGUCCACACUAGAAAUCUGCUUCGAAAUAGCCCAAUUCACAUGGGGUCGUGGAAAGUAAAAGAAAGUGGGCCCUUUAAAUGAAAAAGAAAUGCUUUCUUUUACUCCGAAAAUUUGUGCAUAAGUCUGCUUUCUUUCGGGCUCCUGAAUUUUUUUUCCCUUUUGAAUGUUUUCCUCUUCCCCUGCAACUCUUUUACUAUUCUCCUGUGUUUUGGAUCUGGGCUUUGUUUUGUUCAUAUGUAUAAUUUAGUCCUUACUGCAUUCAUAUGUAAAUAACAAGUAUUGUAAAGAAUUUUAUUGCUGGGAGUGGUAUAAAAACACAUAUUUUAGGGCUGCUGUUUUGUUUUUUUUCCCCCUUUUUUGGAUAUUUUUUUGUAUUGUAAAAAAAUAAGUUAAUUUAAAAGCAGAAAAGAGGUGAUGAGAACAUGCAUUUUAAAACACCAAUGUGAAGUAAUGUGUCUAUAAAUAGAAAUAAAGAAUGAAACUUUCCCCCCUUUCUGGAAUUAAAAAGUAG